AAGACUUAUUCCAAGCUCCACACAGGACGGCUGAAGAUCCUCACUGGUACAGAGAAGACUCAACAGAAGAUCAUUCUGCAGCAGCUCUUCCACAAGCAGAGGACCAACCUGAGACAGAGGAAACUUCGGUAGAAUCUGUUACGGAUGCAGAAUAUGAACCUGGGAGAGAGGAAACAAUGGAAGAAUAUGACAGCUUCAGGCAUGACAUGCUUCCAUCUUGUCCUUAUGAUUGGAGUCCGUGCAGAACUCGUUGUCUCCACUAUGUUGAAGAAAACAUGACUUGGGCUGAAGCUGAACAAAACUGCCGGUCCAUGAAUGGAACCCUUGCAUAUGUCAUUAACAGUGAGGAUGACAUUUAUGGCUUGUUUUGGAAUACGGGUCAGCAGGAUGGACAAAUAUGGGUUGGAGGCUGUAAUGUAUCAGAGGAUCCUUCUUGGCCUGGGCAGUCAACAGUGGCUGAUGAGCAAGAGCACCAGUGUUUGCAAAUAAACUAUGAAGGAGGUUCACCAGGAUGCUUGGAUGAAACGCAGUGUGAUGCUCGUCUCCCGUCUGUCUGCCGCUUUAUUAUGAUAUGAUUCCUGGGCUGAAACAGAGGCAUGGUCAAGCUUUAAAAAGUACAAACUCCUGGUCGAUGUAUAUUCAUGUUAUCAGUCUCAUAUAUAACCAGAAGGAUCAUUAUCUCAUUUGACAUCUUUCUCUCUUUUCUAUCGCUGUAACGCUACUUAAGGAAUGAAGCGACAAGUGACAUAAACAGGAGCUGGAUUGUUUCUGAGGCCUUGUGUCUUUAAUAAGAGCAAACUGAAUGUGUUAUGAAAAGAUUGAUUCUAGCACAGCCUUAUUCUCAAGAGUUAUUUGUUCUUUCUUGACU